AUGACUUGUAUUCUCCUUAUACUUUUGGUGCCACUUUCUUCGAGUUUUUUGUGUUCCAAAGGCUGUUCUUCAUGUAUGGCAGACUACACUUGUAACACAACAUGUUCAGAUACAUUUGAUGACGACCACACUUGUAACUUGUGUAAAUGGAGUUCACCAAGUGCAUUAAACCCUGAAGCAUAUCUCAUGAAUUCAGAAGGGCAGUGUCUUAAGUCAAAUUCAAUAUUAAGUAAAAACAGGUGGAUGCCCGAUGAUCAGUACAUCCAAGAAAUCUUUCCAAAUAUUCCCACUCCCAUAUUAUUAGACUUAAAUACACCACUUGAUUACAGUUUUUGUCGAUAUCCAAUGAAAUACCGAGUUGGUAAAUGGUUCAAGCUUAAUAUGACUCCUAUCAAAAACAAUUACAUGUACGCUAUUGUUGAUAAAAAUCGUGACGAUGUUUCCAUGUCAAUGGAUAUCACUAACUCCAAAAGAGAUGCAAAGAGUGGGAAUUGUAUGGCUCAUACUUCUUCACCAAUGUCAUCACGUAAUGUUAUAAUAAAGGGAAACUUUUUUCAUUCUGAUUAUGUCAAUAACGGCACACAAGAAAUCGUUUUCACAUUUUUCAUAUCAACAGACACAGUGAAAACAAUUAACGCAACUUUAACAGUGACAUUUUCAGUGUUUCAAUUAAAAGAUAACACAACAAUAAUUUCACAAAAAGAAACAGAUGAAAUGGUAAAGAAUUUGUCGAUUGUGAGAGAAGUGAAAUACUCGUUUGACACUAUUGGAAUAUAUUACUAUCCAACUUGUAUGCCAACUUUUCUUUCAAAGAUUGUGAUUUUUACCAUCACUUUUGAUGCUAAUUAUUCACUUCUUCUCUCCACAAAAAGAUCAAACAAAUUGAAUUACUUCCUUUUAAAUAAAAUUAUAUUCACUAAUGAUUCUUUAAUUGCUUUAUGUGAAAGACUGUGGAGUGGUUCAAAGGUGUCGACGCUUGAAUCAGAACAAGAGGGAAUAUUAGCAAAUAUUCAAGGAGCUAAAAAUGAAAGAAAAUUUUCAUUAUUUACACAGGAUUAUUACUCAGAUGUUUUAUUUACAUAUCAAGUCAUUUGCCCAAAUCACUGUAACGCGGAGAAUGGACAAGGAGAGUGUGUAACAAGUGAAGCAAAGUGUGUUUGCAAGAGUGGAUAUGGUGGAGAUGAUUGUCAUUUGUUGUGUUAUUAUCAUGACAAUUGGCAAGUUAAAGAUCACGACGAUUUGUGCUACUUUGGAUCAAAUGGGUGUGAUCAAUAUUGUAAAUGUGAGAGUGGAUAUACUCUUCAAAACAAUUUAUGUGUAUCAAAUUAUUGUCAUGAUGACAACAAACUUGAUAUUGAAGAGUGCAAACGAAGUGAAUAUGGGUGUGCUCAAAACUGUUACUGUGACACUGCAAACGGGUUUUUCUUUAAUAAUACUAGUUUUAAGUGUCAAUCCAUCAAUUGUGGGAAUAAUAAAAUUGAUCAAGUUCAUUGGGGUACAAAAAGUCUCAAAGAUGAAGAAUGUGAUGGUGGUGUGAACUGUAAUGAUCAAUGUUUGUGUAUAAAAGGAUAUAUCACCAACCCCGAAGAAACAACAUCAUGUAAACUCAAAUCAAUUGGUGGAGGAGCAAUAGCUGGUAUUGUUAUUGGAGGAAUUGUAUUUGUUGUGAUUUUGAUAACUAUUAUAAUAACAGUUAUUCUACUUGUUCUUAAUUACAAACAAAUAGACAUUGAAGUGUUUAGAGAACAACAACCAACGUACUAUUAUUAUAUCAACGGCUCUGUCAAUUGUGAACCAAACAAAGAAUCCAAAUUUGAAGUUGAUCCUGAACAACUCGACUUUGGAAACUCGACUAGUGCGACUGCUAUUAUGGACACUCGAUACGAGAAUAUACAAGUUAAAAAUAGAAGUAGAAACAAAUAUAUGAUGGUCAUAUUUCACACACCAAAUACUCCAAAAUAUGUGUUUCACUUUGAUCCACAAGUUGCUAUAAUGAGACCAAGAGCAAGUGGUUACGUCACAUGUUAUAUGACAUUAUAUUGUACAACUAAAUUGAAAGGAAUGAAAAUCCCAUACACCGUUUGGUUCUCUCACAGUCGUGGAACUCUCAAUGAAAUAGCUCUGUUGUUAAAAGACAAGAACUUUGAGACAUGGAAUAAUUCUGACCAAAGAAAUAUGGACAAACUCUCAAAAAGCGUCUUAAAAAAAUACCACCACAACUUAAUUUUGGCCACAGAUGCGGCGAGUUCGACACAUAUUGAUAUGGACGAACUUUCUAUUUCAGAGAAGCCAAUAGCAGAAGGAGCGAUGGGACGAGUGUAUAUGGGGAGUUAUCGAAGUGUUGCAGUUGCUGUGAAGCAGUUUCGAUGGGAGAAAUUGGAUGAAGACGAAGUUGCUGAGUUGAAGAAGAAUGUUGUUGCUGAGUGUGAGAUGAUGGCAAAGCUGAGGAAUCCGUUCAUAGCGAGUUACAUUGGGUCAGUGACAUACAUCCCACAAGUGUCGAUGGUCAUCCAAUUCUUCAUUCUUGGCUCACUUGGUGAAUAUUUGCGACAAGAGAAAGAAGACUAUGUCAAGAUGCCAUACAAAUUGAAAGUGCGGAUGUUGUUUGACACAUCACGUGGAAUGCAAUUUCUUCAUGAGAACAGAAUCAUGCACUUGGACUUGAAGCCCGACAAUUUGUUGGUCAACUCACUUGACUGUAACAGCGCAUGUACUAUCAAAAUCACAGACUUUGGAACAUCGCGAUUCAAAAAGAAAUCAAUUACUAACAGCGAAGACAAGGGACUUGGCACACCUAUCUAUGCAGCACCUGAGACUUUCAAAGACGAAUACACGUUUGCUGGUGAUGUCUAUUCAUUUGCUAUCACAGCAUGGGAACUCUAUUACCAAGUCGAACCAUAUGCACAACUUAAAUCGAUAUUCGACAUCAAAAGACACGUCGAAGAAGGAAAAAGACUCUCUUUUGAUCAAAACAUCCCGACUCUAUACAAAAAUAUGAUUAUGGAAUGCUGGAGAGCUGAUCCUAAAGAUCGCCCUUCCUUCGAUCAAGUGUGUAACAGUAUCGUGAAAAUAGACGAAGACGUUAACAAUCAUUUAGAAGAAGGAAAUCAGAACGAAAAAAUUGUUGAAAUUGUUAACAAACGAACAGACAGAAUACAAAAGCAGAUUAAUAGUAUUUCAGAGUAA